AUGCAACCCUGGGCCAGCAAAGAGCUGCUGCAUCACCACGGCUGGGACUUCAGCCCAGCCCUUCAGCCAGUGGAGUUACUGGGAGCAGAUUUGGCUCCAGCCAAUUGGUUCUUGGAACUGCUGCAUCACAAUCGCACGGUCCCCAGCAGCACACGCACCAGGGUGCCCGGCAGCCUCUGCCAGCUGCCACCUCCUCCUCACCACCAUGCUGGAGAGGUUUCCCCACUCCAAAGAGGAGGAAGAACAGCCCAGGGUCACUUCAUGACUCGGCCUGCUUGCAGGUGCCAAGGGGGAAAGCACACUCCUCGGCUAGUGGUCUCCAUUGGCAUCAGGGUGGCCAGAGGCAGUCAGCAGCCUGUGACUGUCAUAGAGAUUUCAAGGAAACGCUCAGAAACACAGAAAACCACACACAGGGAGGAGAGAGAGAAUCAGGAAGAGAUGGCAAAGUACCAUGAGACAACACGCCCAGAGAAUAGAACAUCAGACCGCCUGAGGGGAGUGAGGAGGAGGCAGAGGAGGCAGAGGAAGACAGUCACCUUCACCACAGCGAAGCAGCCGCUGCCUCCCUUCUUCCUCUUCAUGGCACAGCAUCGUGCACAGCUUCAGAAAUCAAAUCCACACUGGACAGUGGUACAAACUGCCACAAAGUUAGGGGAAAUGUGGCACAAUCAGCCAGAAAGAGACAAAAAAAUCAGUUCAAGUGGGACCAGCAGCGUUUACACCGUCAUCCAGGAUCUGCGUGGUGGGACUGAGCACAUGCUCAGCAAGUCUGCAGGCAACACAACUCAGAGCAGCUGA